GAUGUACGACUUACUCAUAACUUUCACUUUCGUCUGCUCAUGCUGUGGUAAAAACGAAUUAUGGCGAAAAAUCUGGAAGCAUACGAUUCUGCGUUGCUUGGGAUCCUUCAGCAUGAGGGACAGAUUGCCAAAUUUCUGGAUGUGAUUUUAGGAUUUCUAUAUCGAAGAACUGACUUUUACAGACUUAUGAAAUCCAAAGAUGACAAACUUGGAUUUCCUCCAGGAGUAGCUGCAAAAAUUUUACUUACAGCAUACAAGAAAUAUGAUGACCUUGCAAGAAAGGAUGAUGAGGAAAGAGAAAAGAUCCUGCAAAUGAAGUCACAUCAAGAAAGUGCAGUCCCUCCAGUUGCAAAAAUUGUGGAAAUCAGUUCAGAAAAUGAUACAGAAUCUCAUAAAGAACAAAAUAAAGGGGGUGUAAACACAGCACCUAAAGAAAUAAAAGAAACAACAGGAAAGGAUUCAAAGCAACAAACACAGGCUAAUGCCCCAACCAUGCAAACCAAUGAAAAGGAAUCCAGAUCAGAAACCACAUCAUCACAAAGACAGGAAGAGGAUGUUGAUCCAGCGCUUGCAGCCAAGCAGCAGGUGUUCCAGUCCAAUCCAGAGAGCUACAAUGGGGCCGUCAGGGACAACUAUUCCUGGUCUCAGUCAAUCACAGAUAUUGAUCUACGCGUCAAUAUACCAAAUUAUAUUGUGAAAGGAAAAGACGUUAAAGUGGAAAUAGAAAAGAAACAUGUUAAAGUCUCACAUAAGACAGACAGUGGUACAUGGGUUGAGGUUGUAAAUGGUGACCUCCCCUGGGAAAUAAACAAGGAGGAAUCCAUGUGGACACUGGUUCCAAAGGAGCAUGUUCAUAUUAACUUGGAAAAGAAGGAAGAGAGAUGGUGGGAGUCUGCACUUACAUCCGAGGAGAAAAUCAGUGUACGUAAGAUAGACGCUAGUCGACCAAUGACAGAUCUGGACGAUGAAGCACAGGCUAAAAUAGCCGAGAUGAUGUACAAUGAACAGCAGAAAAGGAUGGGGAAACCCACUUCUGAAGAACAGAAAGUCCAGAACCUCCUGAAAGAUGCAUGGAAUGCAGAGGGAUCACCUUUUAAGGGACAACCAUUUGAUCCCUCCAAAAUAAAUGUAGGUCAAGGGGGUGUGGUCUCCAUUAACAACGAGGAAGGAGCAAUGAAUUCCUAAGAACCCAAUAGGAAGGCCGGAAAUCUGCUCCGUUGUUGUUGUUCUGUUUCACAAUGGUUCACCUGGAAUACCUUCUUUUACCUGAGAUUAAGGUGACCAAAGCCAGGAAGUGUAAUCUUGAUUGGAUACAAAGUAUAUCAAAUAAAAUAAGAUACUUGCAAGUUUUUGGUGUAUGUGACAUAUCCAUUACUGUACAUUAAUAUUGCUUCACAGUUCUUAAGUACAUCUAAAUGAUAAACAAAUAUUUUGAACUGAACCAUAUGCUUAAUAGUCAGAUGUUGACACUGGUAUUUGUUUACUGUACACAAUUUACAACUAAUAUUGUUUUGUUUAUAGAUGUUAGAAAACUGCAUGCCUGUUAUUUGGUUUAAAUUUUUUAAUCAAUAGUCCAAAGUUCAUUAGAGUUUUAAGAAUUCUCAUUAUGAUAAAGUCGCUAAUGCAAUUAUACUGUUAGUAUUUUAAUU